GCGAGUGGGCGUGUCUGCUGUGCUUGUGUGUGUGCGAGUGCAUCUGGUGUCCCUGUCAAAGGUUAAACCUCAUAUGAAAAUGUCGUUCCCUAACCAAAAAGCAAUGUCAACGAAAGCCGCCUUCACUUCUGCCGCUGCCGCUGCCGCUGCUGCUGCCGAUGCCGAUGCCACUGCUGCAGCUGCAGCUGGUGCUGAUGCUUCUGCUUCUGCUUCUGCUUCUGCUGCGAAGGUCGCUUCAGCCGUGGAGCUGCCCAAGGCCAGCCGGGCAACUGUUUCGCCACUUUCGGGUCCUCCAUGGGCGUUCCUCUUGUUGGGCGCCAUUUUGCUUUGCUGCGGCGGCUUUGGGCUUGUCGAUGGGCUCAAGUGCCACAUGUGCGGUCAGUACAACGAGGGCGUGGGCUCCAUAACGCCCUGCACCAACUACUCCAAGGAAAUCGCACAUCUGUAUCUCAAGGAGUGCACCAAGAAGAGCGAGAAGUUCUGUGUGAAAUAUGUCAGCGAACUGUCGACUGUACGAGAUUGUGCUACUGAAUGCGUUGAGAAAGAAAUUUGGGAAACCCAAACAUAUUGCUGCAAAGAAGAUGGCUGCAAUUCGAGCGGCUUGAUGAAAGCCUCUGUAUUUUUGGUCUCUCUGCCAAUUAUCAUGUGGUUAUUUUAGAUGAGUUUUUCGGAAUUGCAGUAUUGAAUUCUAGAUCAUUUUUUCCAAUUUAAUAGUUUUAAGCAUUAGAC